AUGAGUAUACUCUCAGACAUAUUCUGCUGCUUCAAGUCUAAGGAAGCAGAAGACAAGAGAAACAAUCAUGUGGUGGUGGAAGCAGGUUCUUUGUCAAGAAAACCCAAAGGGGAUAUUAAGAAAUCUUCAGCUCCUAUUGUUGUUUCAUAUUUUCCUGUUAAUUCUCAACCUUCUCGUUUGUAG